GCCCGGUUGGUCUGUGGUGCAAGAUGGCGCUACCCUUUGCACCUUCGUUGCUCCUGUGCCGCUGGGGAGCCAAGCGAUUAGGAAUUGCUGCCGCGGAAGCCCGAAGAGGCAUCACUUUCAGACUGGAAGAAAAAACUGCCCACAGCAGUCUGGCACUCUUCAAAGGUGACACAGGUGUUAAAUAUGGAAUGGUAGGAUUGGAGCCCACCAAGGUGGCCUUGAAUGUGGAGCGCUUCCGGGAGUGGGCAGUGGUACUGGCAGACACAGCAGUCACCAGCGGCAGACACUACUGGGAAGUGACAGUUAAACGCUCCCAGCAAUUCCGGAUAGGAGUGGCAGAUGCGGACAUAUCCCGGGAUAGCUGUAUCGGUGUUGAUGAUCAUUCUUGGGUGUUCACCUAUGCCCAUCGCAAAUGGCACACCAUGUUGGCCAAGGAGAAAACCCCAAUUGAGGGCAUCGGGCAGCCAGAGAAAGUGGGGCUGCUGCUGGACUGUGAGGCCCAGAAGCUAAGCCUGGUGGAUGUGACCCGGGUUGCUGUGGUCCACACACUACAGACAAGUUUCCGGGGUCCAGUAGUACCAGCCUUUGCCCUUUGGGAUGGCGAGCUGCUGACCCACUCAGGGAUUGAAGUUCCUGAGGGUCUCUAGUAUGUCCACCACUUGAGUCCUUAAUCACGUUCUUGGCCAGUUUUCUGCUAAAAG